AUGUAUGUUAAACUAAAAUUGGAGUGUUCGGAAAACUCAACGCCGCCGCAAUUUUUGACAAUAGAGGACGACGCAACAAUCUAUGAUUUAAAGACGCAACUAGAGCCAUCCAUAGGCAUCCCUGCACACAUGCAGCAAAUUAGCGAAAUUUCUGUAACAAUCAAAGCCAAAGAUGUCCCCGAACCUGUGCCUCCUGCAGCCCCAGUCAAAUUAGCUUUUGCUGUGGGUGAUAUCACCAAUGCUGAAGUGGCUAAGGAUGCAACUGAAACAGUUGCAUGCAUCGCAAAAAAACAACUGGUCGGAAAUGAGGAUGAACUUACCUAUGCCGGUGUAAUGCCAGAGAAGCGUAGAUUCGCAUUGGUAAUCACCAAUGAAAUUGACACAAUAACAUCUGGCUUCGGCGCUCUGAUGAAGCAUUUCCAUAAACUCUUCGAGACAUUCGAGGAUUGUGGCAUGCUCCAAUUCAGGGAGAGCGCCUCCGUAAAGGGGUUUGGUAAUCAUUUAAUGAUUAUAUCCGACGAUAAGAAAACCUGUGACUGGAUAACCAAUGGCACAAGCACCAUGACUCCCCGUUACAAAUGCUCCAGCUUUAUUGAGUUUUUUGGCUUGAUAAAGUGCAAAUUUAUAAUGCCAAUCAUUGUUAAGGACAAGGAAUUGAGCAUUAUUUUUAAGCUAUUAGAGCAGCAGAACACUGGAAUAGUGACGGAUAAGUGGGUUGUGACGGAUCGCACUAUGUUGGAUCCCAAGAGUGACGUUUACGCCGAAAAAGCAGCUUCAAUCAUUGUGGAUAAUCAGGAAGUUGUGCUCUACGUUGAUCGGGAGAGUAAAACAUUAAUUUCCGAACGGGGCUUCAAGCUCAAAUACUGUUUUUGGCGCUUGAAUUUUUCAUUCUCAUAG